ACAAGAGUAUAGUUACCUUUUUCGUUCUUCCCUUUCUCUGAGUCUCUCAAAAGUGACUUUUCUCUCUCUCACUCUCUCUCAGCCCCUGAACCUGAAGCUCCCAGGCUCAGUCUCCAAUGGCACACCUCAUACCCUGAAACCAAAGAAAAAGUUGUCUCUGCCCACUCUCACACAGCCACAUACUUACCACUCACACCCUCCAUACACAUAAAAGAAACCACCAUACACCACCAUGAACGGUCACCACCACCACUACUCACUCUUCUUCUUAACAACCACAAUCACCUUCCUUUCCCUCCAUUAUCACCCCUCUGUUUCUUCUUCUUCAGAGGUGGAACAACUCAUCAGGUUCAAAACCUCUCUCCCAAACCCAUCACUCCUCCAAACGUGGCUCCCCUCCAACAACCCAUGCUCCUUCACCGGAAUCACCUGCACCCAUUCCCACGUGACUUCCAUAGACCUCAGCUCCCUCCCACUCUCCACCAACCUCACACUCGUCUCCGCCACCCUCCUCACCCUCCACAGCCUCAUCUCUCUCACCCUCUCCUCCACCAAACUCUCCGCCUCCCUCCUCUCUCCACUUCCAACCUGCACCGCUUCCUUAACCACACUCGACCUCUCCCAUAACGGCCUCAACGUCCAACUCAACCAACUCUUCAACUUCUUCGCUCCAUGUUCCAACUUGCACCACCUCAACCUCUCCAACAACAACAUCGUAUCCACCGAAACCGUUACCAAGUCGUUGCAAAGUUCUUUGAAUCUUUGGGUGUUGGACCUCUCUUACAACCAGCUUUCUGGUCCCGACGUUAUGCCAUGGAUCGUCUCGUCCGGUUGCGAUCCGAUUCGUUACUUGGCUCUGAAAGGAAACAGGCUCACGGGAGAACUUGAUUUUUCUGCUUGCCGGAACUUGCAGCGUUUGGACAUUUCAGCAAACAACUUCUCUUCUCUUGUUCCUUCAUUUCGGGAGUGCUCUGCUUUGGAGUACCUCGAUAUAUCAGCAAACAAGUUUUCCGGCGACGUUGCCGGUGCUCUCUCCGGUUGCGGGAACCUCACCUACUUAAACGUUUCGAAUAACCAGUUUUCCGGCGCGGUUCCGUUGCUUCCCGCCGGGAGCUUGCAGUUCCUCUAUCUCUCUGGAAACAGUUUCUGGGGGGAGAUCCCGGUGAAGGUCGCCGGGCUGUGUUCGAGCCUCGUGGAGCUUGAUAUCUCGUCGAACAACCUCACCGGCACAAUUCCGAUUGAACUUAGCGAUUGUUCUUUGUUGAAUUCACUUGUUCUAUCCCGGAACAAGCUUUCCGGCGAGUUUCCGGUGGAGACCUUCGCCGGUAUGAGUAACCUGAAGAAGCUCUCUGUUUCUUUCAACGAGUUUUCAGGUCCCUUGCCACAGUCACUGUCGAAAUUGGCGAGUUUGGAGUCGCUGCAUAUGAGUUCUAACAACUUUUCAGGUUCAAUUCCAAGAGGACUUUGCGAUUAUCCUGGGAAUAUUUUGAAGGAACUGUUCUUGCCAAAUAACAUGUUAUCAGGUUCUAUUCCAUCCACAAUCAGCAAUUGUUCUCAGCUUGUUUCGUUGGAUUUGAGUUUUAACUACUUUAAGGGCACCAUCCCUUCAAGUUUAGGAUCCCUCUCGGAACUCCGCGAUUUGAUCCUUUGGAUGAACAUGCUCACUGGGGAGAUACCACAAGAGUUAACGAAUGUUAAGCCUCUUGAGAAUUUAAUUCUUGAUUUCAAUGAGUUGAGUGGUGAGAUUCCUUCUGGCCUAAGCAACUGUGGUAACUUGAGUUGGCUCUCUCUUUCAAAUAACCGUCUGACAGGGGAGAUUCCGGCCUCUAUUGGCCGGCUCUCGAAGCUCGCUAUACUUAAGCUGAGUAAUAACUCGUUGUCUGGGAGGAUUCCGCCGGAGCUUGGUGAUUGUCACAGCUUGAUAUGGUUGGAUUUGAAUACUAAUUCGCUGACCGGUUCGGUUCCUGCCGAGUUGUUCAAACAAUCUGGCAAGAUAGCCGUUAACUUCAUCAGCGGGAAGACUUUUGUGUACAUAAAGAACGAUGGCAGUAAGAUGUUCCACGGGGCAGGGAGUUUGCUGGAAUUUGCAGGGAUCAGGCAGGAGCAGCUGAACCGGAUUUCGAGUAGGAACUCGUGGAAUGUGACCAGGGUUUAUCAAGGUAGCUUAGGUAAGCUCUUGCCACCAACUUUUAACAACAACGGUUCAAUGAUUUUCUUGGAUGUUUCGCACAAUAUGCUCUCUGGUAGUAUUCCUAAGGAGAUUGGUAGCAUGAACUACUUAUACAUUUUAUAUAUGGGUCACAACAAUAUAUCCGGGAACAUCCCACAAGAUCUUGGAAUGUUGAAGAAUCUUGGCAUUCUUGAUCUCUCUAGUAACAGGCUUGAAGGACGGAUUCCUGAAAGCUUGGCAGGCCUCUCGUUUCUCACGGAGAUAGAUUUGUCCAACAACUUUCUCUCCGGACUGGUUCCCUCGUCGGGACAAUUCUAUACUUUCCCGGCUAGCAGAUUCCUCAACAAUUCCGGACUCUGCGGUGUUCCUCUGGCUCCGUGUAAGGACGACUCUGCAUCCGGCGCCAAUGGACAGCGGCACAAGUCUCAUAGAAGACAGGUUACACUUGUAGGGAAUGUGGCCAUGGGAUUGCUAUCCUCGCUCUUCUGCCUCUUUGUUUUGGUUAUAAUCGCCAUCGAGACGCGAAAAAGGAGGAAGAAGAAGGAGCCUGCGCUUGAUUUCUACGUUGACAGUCGAUCUCAUUCGGGGACGGCCAAUGCAGGGUGGAAGAUGAUUACCGCUCGCGAAGCACUCAGCAUAAAUCUUGAAACAUUUGAGCAGCGGCCGCUUCGGAAGCUCACAUUCGCGGAUCUUUUAGAAGCUACCAAUGGAUUCCAUGAUGACAGCAUCAUCGGCUCGGGAGGUUUCGGCGUGGUGUAUAAGGCCCAAUUGAAGGAUGGAAGUGUUGUGGCCAUCAAGAAACUGAUCCAUAUCAGUGGACAAGGGGACAGAGAAUUCACUGCGGAAAUGGAAACAAUAGGGAGAAUUAAACACAAGAAUCUGGUUCCUCUACUCGGUUACUGCAAGGUCGGGGAGGAGAGGCUAUUGGUUUAUGAAUACAUGAAGUAUGGGAGCCUGGAUAUUUUGCAUGACCAGAAGAAAGCAGGGAUCAAGCUGAAUUGGGCGGCCAGGAAGAAAAUUGCGGUGGGAGCAGCCAGAGGAUUAGCUUUUCUUCACCAUACUUGUAACCCAAACAUCAUUCAUAGAGACAUGAAAUCAAGCAAUGUGUUGCUUGAUGAAAAUUUGGAAGCCAGAGUUGCUGAUUUUGGAAUGGCUAGGCUUAUGAGUAACGUGGAUACACAUUUGAGUGUCAGCACACUGGCCGGAACACCCGGCUAUGUUCCACCCGAAUACUAUCACAGCUUUCGCUGUUCCACUCAUGGCGAUGUCUAUAGCUUUGGCGUGGUUCUGUUGGAGCUUCUUACGGGGAAGAAGGCCACGGAUUCAACUGAUUUUGGCGAUGACAACCUUGUGGGGUGGGUUAAACAGCAUGCCAAACUCAAGAAAAGUGAUGUGUUUGAUCCUGAACUCAGGAAAGAGGAUCCUUGCCCUGAACUUGAGCUUGUGCAGUAUUUAAACGUUGCCUUUGCUUGCUUGGAUUAUCGGCCGCGGCGGCGUCCCAAUAUGAUUCAAGUCUUGGUUAUGUUUAAAGAAAUCCAAGCAGGGUCAGGUAUGGAUUCACAGUCUACUAUAGGUACUGAAGAUGUGUGCUUUGAUUCAGUUGAAAUGGUAGAUAUGAGCAUAAAAGAAGCUCCUGAUUCCUGAAUUAAGCAAAGCUUUUUAGCUUUAGGCAACAACAAAUAUAAUUCAGUAACAUUCAAGAGAGGAUUCUUUAUGGGGGGCAAAUGAAAAAAGAAGGAAUGAAGAUGAUGCAACUCCCCAAGAUUUUUUUCCUUCUUUCCCGCUUCAAAUUUUUAAGGGAUAGAAGGGAAUUAGCUUGAGUCUCUACCAUUUGAUGUGUGUUAUUAUGUUAUUACUUCAUGGGAAAAGGUGAUUAAUUAACCUCUGAUAAGUAUUGUAUUUGUAUAUAGUUAGCUUCAUGACUGUUUCAUUGAUCUUUUGGCCCUUCCUUGAAAUGUUACAUCUGGUUUCACUAA